GAUUUGCAAAUCCCCUUCUAAGGUGCAUCUGACGCACAAAGGGCCCUGCUCCUAUAAUGUCAUACUCUAAAACUUCCAACAGAAAUUAAGCAUGGGCGAGUCAGUUGCAGAGAUAAAACAAACGGUUACGGUUGGCGAGGGACAAAUAAUUGCGAGCAAACAUGAAACCAAACGUUUGACCCAGGACGGCGCACACCAAAUGAACAACGAAGGUCGUGCCAGAGUGACCACAGAGACACAGGUGGAUUUGAUGGAAAAGAUAGUUGUGACAAAUGACACUCUGGUCGGCUGGCCAAUACGAUUAUCUUCCGUGAAUGUACACGAGCACGAGGAACAGCAAAUUGUCAGUUUGGAUGAUGCGCGACAGGCGGCUUCUCCAACAAAAGCUAACGUGGAAUCCAGUAGUAAACCAAUGGAAUUUAACGAUGGCGUAAUCCAACCAUCGCUGUCAAUGUCGGUGCAAGUAGGAAGUGUGUUUAACCAUCAGUUACUCAACGGCACCGGUUUUAACAUACAAACGAGGGUAGAACUCAGAAGUACCUCACCAGAGCAUAAUUUUAUGGUACAAAAUGUGGUUGGCUCAUUCACCUUCACUGCAGACCCAGAGGGAACUGAACUCCCGGCCCCUUCGGGGCCUGCAAGUGAGAGGGUAGAUCAACCAGUGAGUCAAGGGCAAAGUGCGACGAAUAGCGUCAUAAGAGCUGUAGAAAUUGAAGACUCAAGAACCGAAGUAUCUCAAUCAGAACACACAAUAACGGAGAGCAAAUUAGUGGCUCGGACAACGGAAAAUUUUGAAAACAAACACAUGCAUGGAUCUCAAGUCGGUCAGGGAGGUAUUUGGAUCAAAAACGAUGAAGCGUUAAGUAAACAAGGCUCUGAUUUGCCCCAAUACAGUGUAAUGAGUGAGCCACCAGCUAAGACAGAGAGACAGCAUUCAUGUGUAGCGGAUUGUGCAUGCCCUUUCUCACAGGCGGAGUUAAUUGGUGGUCAAGCAACUGUUUGUGAUGAGUUGCCACAACAGGUGGUUCAGACACAGUACGAAGGCGUUGGCCCCUUAGGUGUAACAGUGGAUCGUGUUCCAGUGUCAAAGUCAGAAGAGAAUAUCGAACUGAAGUUGGGCCACCUAGCCUCGGCACAGUCCCAAGAGUCAGAGCGACUGGAGUCGAGGUUCGGUGAGGUUCCGCUGCAAGCCACACAGGCUGAUGAUGUAGAUCGACAGGAGCCAGCGACAGGUAUAUUGCACAACACACGCGCCGAACACAAUCCUUCAGUUAAGCUGAUUGGUGUUUCAGAUGAAGACAAGGCUGAGUCGCUGAUUGUGUUGGCAAAAACGGCCGAAGAGAACAAACCAGUGAGCGAAAAUGAGGUUGAAGGAGCAGUGAAAUCUGAGAGAUCCUCUACAAAAGAUACCCCAACCUUAGUGGAGUCGUAUCAAAUGGAUCGGAUAGAGGAGAAACCGAUGUCUACAUCACAUUCGGUGCUUAAUGUGGUGGACUCGGGGGAAGAAACGGUCGUUGCUACAAAGGUAGAUCAAGACGAACAGUGGGCAGAACAAUCAGUUAAGGGUCCGUUAUCCGAAACCCUACAAGAACCGGUGUCAGCAACGAGUCCAGAAGUAUUGGAUGUACCACAGAGUGAAAAACAGAAUGUGCUACAGUCACCUGGAGGUUCACAGACAGAACAACCCCUAGAAGUGCACUACAGUGGACAAAUCUCUGACGAAGCUGUUUCGGGAAAGUCCAAAUCUGAAGAGCAGUUAUAUCAGCAAGUGGCCCGAAGAAUAACCAACGAUGUAUUGCAAAAAUCACAGCAACAAACGCUCCAGCAAAGUAGACGGUCUAGUGAAGAGCCGAUGAAUGAAUUCCCCACAGUGGAAAUGCCAGGUGAUUGCGCACCUUCAAUAGACCUGCAAUCGACAGCAGCACCAGUGUUAGCGGCCCAGCAAAACAUGUGGCCAGAAGAAGGGUUGGACCCAGUGCCGAAAAUAGUGCCAACGAAAACAAUGAGCAACGUCGACUCUUCCAAACAGUCCCCCAUGCUACGUGAUGCGCAAGUGAACACGGGACGUGAGUUGUCCCCUGCAACUGAAGAUGAAGUGAACAACGAAUCUGAGUGGUCGCAUUCCAUGCAUCACUACAGGCAUCAUCACCGACACUACCGCGCAGGCUCCGGUGGUGAAAGAACACACCACAGCGGAUUCAGCCCUCCUUGCUGUGGUGCUCGAAAAGAGGCCCAGUCUAACCGAGUUGUGUGCCACUUCGGUCAUGGAAAGACCAGAUCACACAAGCCCAAGAGGUUGUCACGCUCUUGCACCCAAUUGAGAGGACAGGAAAUGGUUUUGUGUGGCUGCAGCCGAUGUUGUGGAUCGGCGGUACCUUAUGAGGCAGGUGCUGGACUUCGUGUUGUGGAAGACCAUUCAGAUGACACAAGUUCCACCACACAAACAGCAAGUGAAACGUCCGAAAUGCAGCGUAUGACCAUGACGCUGUUGACGACGAUAGCAACAACAGCGGAACUGCUGAGAAAGCAAUAUAAGAAGCAAAAGGUGCUGAACGCAAAAGCAACAGGAAAACGUCCCAAACGACUGGAUAAGGGAGAGCCAACAGACGUUAAUCGUAUUAUGCAUCAGAAUGAUCUAGAAGGCGAUGAAAUUCAUGGAGUGCAAAACACAAGUUGCGCUGAGCCGUACUCAAUUCACGACAGUGCAAUGAGGUAUCCGGAAUUCGUGCAAAAUUUCAGGAUUACUAUUCCUGCAGAAUGGCUUUCCGUCAAUAAAAACAAAAAUGUUACGGGCCGCCUAGAAUCCGGCAGAGAGCACGGAGUACAGUGCGAUUUAACAUCACAGUCACAGCAGUUGAGUGAAGAGUUCUACGGUUUAGGAAGCCGGUUCAGAAAUAUAAACAAACCAUUCGAGCAUAACCCAUAUGAAAGUGAGGUACGAGGAAGAUUGGGCCAAAAACACAGAGAACAGCGCCAUUUAAAAGUGGGCGUGUAUGAACAAAGAAGCUUGAGAAAAGGCCGAAGAGUUAAGGCGAAAUUCGCGGAAGAGUGCAGGCAUUCAGUAUCCGGUUCACUUUUACCAUGCACAGUACAGGAGAUUGCCGAAGAAGACUUAUCGCUAAUGUUGACAACGGUGAAUUGUUGCUUGGAAACGACACGAAACUCACAGGCGGAUAGCGAGUUAGACAAAGCACGCAGUUCCACGGCGCUUGAAAAACCGAAAUCGCCGGCUGAGAUGUAUGACACAGUUGCCUCCGCCGAACAGGGUAAAAUGAGCAGCGAAGACUUUUUGCACUAUGGAAUGGAAGUUAGAUCACCGAGCACACCGAGUGUGGUAAUAGACCACUCGUGUCCAUCGCAACCAGGUACCCCAAGCUACGAUACCUCGUACGUGACUCCUUCCAUACAAUCCAGGCAGUCAAUAGUGGACCAGUGCAUCCUAGGACCACAAGAAAACGACUUAUCUAAAAGGGGAUGGGCGCCGGUUAGCAACUCAGCAUACUUAUGGUGUGCGAGGGAAGGCCGCCAUGCACGGAUGAUUUCAGUACAAUUCAACCAAGAAUGUUCAAAGCCGAACCCAUCUGCCGGAAAUGAGACGCUGCUGAAUGGCAUUUACUCUAAACCGGUUUGGCACGACUGCGCAUCCGCGCGAGAUGGCGCAAGAGAGCACCAAACACUACAACCUAAAGUGAAACAUAGUAUCGAUCUGGUAAAUUUAUCGAAUAAAUCCAACUCUUCCGACCCAGAUCAUGUUCACAAAGAGUCAACACCGGUAACAAUAUCGCUAAGCAUGCAAGCCAAUUGGACGAAGGAGGACGCCAACGGAAUAAAGCACAGUGGAGUCACAGAGUCCGGCCAGUGUACAGAAAUACAAGACUCAACGCAGAGCUCAGGUCUCGCAACAAGAUACGAUCAACAGCCAAGCGACAGAGAGGUGCCCAACAGCUGGGCAGCAUUGACCACAGAUACAGCGGAUUUGAUUCGAAAAACUGUACAAUGUCGACUAAAUCUUUAAGAAAAAGACAAACCACAUUGUUUCUUUAAACGAUGGAAGUGUGAACAACGAACGGCCUUGAAGACCACUCAGUUCAUCUCACGAAUUUGGGAGCAUGAAACAAGCAAAUACGAAUAAUGCAGCUGACGAAGAGUCAGGGAGUGAAUGUGAGCUACUUUCACCGGAGCAGAGGGCUCAGACGGACCAAUCGAACGCCGGUCUAAGUCCAUUGGGCGAGGUGCCACGCGUUUACCCGGAUGUUGAGGAUAUCGAACGUCUACCAGUCACGGACCGUGAGCGGUACCUCUCGUUACCAGCACAAAACAGAUGGACAGGAGGGACAUCGUCCGGGUGCAGAAGGCGCAGCGGUGGCCAACUGUGUUGUCAUUGGAAGUACACGGAGCAUGGAAGACGAAGCAGGCGAACGUUUUCAUUUCCGCAGGCUAGCAGACCGUUCAGACUGUAUCCACUGCCUCGCUCGGAGUACGUGAAGCCGGUCUGUGCCCGCUGUUUGACCAGCAGACCACAUACACAGGGGACACAAUUUGGCGAUGUAAGGCACACAGCCAGUUCUAUUCAUUCGAGUAACCUGUUUGCAGGAUUAUUUGACUGGAUGAAGGGGUUAUUCAGUCGACCACCAUCUGAAGCAACCCAUACGCCAUCCUACAUGGAGGAUAAAAUACACCGGUACGGUGCGCAUAAGGAGGAUAGAUUACGGCGAUCGAGUUCGGCGAGGUCCGAGAGAGGGAAAAUUUCAAGAGCACCGAGCUCCAUCAUACCAGACUUAUCCAGUCAAAUAGACGUCAGUCUGGACAACCAGACAGAAGAUAAUGAGCAAUCACGGAGUGCAAACAGUACAAUAGCGGAGGCAUCACCUACGUUCCAAACGGCAUUCCAAGCCUCUGUUCAUAUAAAGCAUUUUGAUACGACAACUACAUACUAUACACCUCGAGAUCGAACAAAAUCUGCCCCGGGACCAUCGGAUACACUGUACGGUAUUCCACAGGAGGUAGAGGAAAUAAGCCCCAACGGAGUCCUUACCGGUUUUACUCCGUCAUUGAUUUCUAUCCCGUCCAUGGGGUAUACUACAUACCGAACACCAACAUCCGAGCAGCAGGUUAUGCGCGGCGCGGAAUCAAAUGGAACAAAAUCAGCAAAGACAGAUGAGGCUGUGCACGAGCAACUGACCGAGAAAACGUUGGGACAUGUCCCUUCUGUUACUGGGAUAUCACCAAGCGCAGCGGAUAAACUUUCGCAGAACAAUCCAUACUCGGAUAGUUCCACGGUACAGCAAGCUGCAGAGUUUGUGUCAGAAUACGACGUACCAUAUACUGCAAAAUGGCCCGACGCAGUUAUGGUGACUUCAGAAUCGAGAAAAGUUAAAGGCCCUCAAGUGGAAACGCAAACGGAUGCAGCAAAUUCCUUGCGCACCACAUUCGUUCAAUCGUCGUUCAGCACAGCCCCGGUGGAUCGGACGAACUCACCCAUAAACAUUAGGCAAGUUAAACAGCAAGCGGAAACCGAAAACGGUGACAUUGGCACUAGCGCGGCUCCACAGGAGUUCCUCGACGAUAUCGGUAACACUGGAAUACACGCAGCGCAAGUGACUAUAACUUCGUACACAACAAGAGAGAGUGACUAUCAAGAGCAAGAGAAAGAUGUGUUGGACCCGGUGCUACAACUGCAGCCAAAUAUGGUGGAAGCGAGUGACAACAUGAAGACAGUUGCAGCGCCCAAUAUGCAAGUGAACGAGCAGAACAAAAAAGCUUACGGGGGAGCAGCUGAAAACAUGACACAGCCGAGAUCGUACGUCACUCUGACGGCCUAUGAGAUGGUCUCAUCCAGUGACUCAGUGGGGAUGGGACAUGAAAUUCACGAGAAUGCAUGUGUGAGUCGCACAGAGAAAAGUACGAAAAAGCAGCGAGAUAGGGAAGGCAAUGUUCAAACAAGGGACUACGACGUGUUGGAUACUCGGGCUGAGCGAAAAGAUCAGACGUGGGGAGCGGAUGAGGGCGAUCGCAAAAAGAGGGGCGAGGAGAGUUAUGACAGGAAGAGGCGGACUCCAGAUGACCUAAUGGAUGAAAGUGAAACAAGUAAAAGGCGUAGGUCAUUAUCGUUAGAAAUUAGACAAGAAAUAACUAUUCGGAGCACAUCCAUCACACCGGAUAGCAUGUGGGUCAUCGAAACCGACUUGCGUAUCAAAUCACCAAUGGAGCUCUCUAAUCCUGGAUUACUGUUGUCGGAACUUGAGGAGGAGAAAACGGGGGAUGUAGUGCUCGAUUUUGCUCCGAAGUAUACGAAUUAUGGAGUUGGCCAGAUCGAGGUCGAUGAAUCACGGUGUCCAUUUAUUGUAGGUGGGAAAAGAGGCACUCCGGAUAAGAUGGACGGAGCAACAACACUGGGGAACCAAUUAAGAGAAGAGUGGUCGCCAAACCAAUGCACGAGCACCGACAUAUUAGAAGAAAACCAAAAACCCAGUAGGUACGAACAUCUGGUAGACGACAGGACUCAAAUGAAGGACAUCGAUCUACAAGGUAGACGGAAGACUGAAGACAGAUUGACCGCACAGAGUGAAAUGUACUGCAUGUGCAGAGCAGAGUGUGUAGAGUCUAUUACAGAGAUCUUUCAUAGAGGAACUAACUUAGAGGGGACGUCAAAAGGGGUGAUUAAAACAGACACAUCAGAAUUAUCAGGACAACAAUUCGAGUUGAACGAGGGGACAACGGUAAUGCAUGCGCGCGUUCAGAUUAGGCGAAGUACAUACAAUGAACCAUUGAGUUUAGAGUGUGAGCCAUUAAAAUAUGAGGUAGGGGUGUCAGAAGCUGGUCCGACCUCGGACCUGGAAAACAGCUUGAAGUCAAUAGAAGGGAAGAUCAAAGAACCCGGCUCAGUAGAAGUAGCAAGCGAUAACGUAAUUGAUCAGUCAGUCUCGAAAG